GAGACUGUGUAUCACAAGGAGACGGUUAACAUGUUCGGGGCACCACGAAAAACAGGAUGUCCUCUAUAGUUUACAGUCAGGAACAGGUGGUUUCAACGUGACACUGACUCACUCACUGUGGUUCAAAUGAUAUUUAUGGUUUCCCGCCCAGUGACUUCACCGCAUCUAACUUAAGCGCGAAAAAACUUCCCCCUGUAGCCUUUACACGUUUUGUUGUCACAUGCAUUUUCACUUUGGUCCGUGAGCCAGUGGCCGAGCUCAACUGUUGCGUGAAGCUCGUGGCGUUAAUAUUCAGGAUCAGCGCCCUCGCGGAAACAUGACACGCAAGAUCAGCACGGAGCUGUCCACGCGGCAGAGGCAAUGUGGACACAUCGCUCCCUUGGACGCUUGGAUGUUGUCAUUGAGCUGUCGGAGCGUGGUGGCAUGCGAUCCCCCUGAGUGAGACACCACCCUCCAGAGGUGACAGCAGGCAGGACAGGCAGCAGGAUGCCAGUGCAGGCAGCCCAAUGGACAGAGUUCCUCUCCUGCCCCAUCUGCUACAAUGAGUUUGACAGCAAUGGCCACAAGCCCAUCAGUCUGGGCUGCUCGCACACCGUGUGUAAGACCUGUCUGCACAAGCUGCACCGCAAGGCCUGCCCCUUCGACCAGACAGCCAUCAGCACUGACAUCGACCUCCUGCCUGUCAACUGUGCCCUGCUACAGCUGGUGGGAGCUCAGGUCCUGGAGUCCCAGCCUGUGACUCUGAGCAGUGCUGUGGAGUUAGAGCACUAUGAGGUGUGCCGGGUGUGUGUGGAGGAGCUGGCUCUCUAUCUCAAACCCAUCAGUGGAGGAAAAGGUGUGGUGACACUCAGUCCGAGCGCGCUCAGUCGACCCAUGCAGAGGAAGCUGGUGACACUGGUCAACUGCCAGCUGGUGGAAGAGGAGGGGCGGGUACGUGCGGUGCGGGCGGGCCGGUCGCUAGGGGAACGUACCGUCACAGAGCUCAUCCUGCAGCACCAGAACCCACAGCAGCUCUCUGCCAAUCUGUGGGCCGCCGUCAGGGCACGGGGAUGCCAGUUCCUGGGGCCUGCGAUGCAGGAGGACGCUCUAAAGCUGGUGUUGCUGGCCCUAGAGGACGGCUCAGCUUUGUCCAGGAAGGUACUGGUGCUGUUUGUGGUCCAGAAACUGGAGGCUAGGUUCCCUCAGGCCUCCAAGACCUCCGUCGGACAUGUGGUCCAGCUGCUCUACAGAGCCUCCUGCUUUAAGGUGACCAAGCGUGACGAGGACUCGUCGCUGAUGCAGCUAAAGGAGGAGUUCCGUACCUACGAGGCCCUGCGCCGCGAGCACGACGCCCAGAUCGUCCACAUCGCCAUGGAGGCGGGGCUCCGUAUCUCACCUGAGCAGUGGUCUUCCCUGCUCUACGGAGACCUCAUCCACAAGUCACACAUGCAGUCUAUCAUUGACAAGCUCCAGUCCCCAGAGUCCUUUGCAAAGAGUGUCCAGGAGCUGACGAUAGUUCUACAGAGAACAGGAGACCCUGCCAACCUGAACAGCCUCAGACCACACCUGGAACUACUGGCCAACAUCGACCACAACCCAGACGCGGCGUCUCCGUCGUGGGACGAGCUGGAGGGCGUGGUGCUGGCGGUGAAGGUGAUGGUCGACGGCCUGGUGGAGUUCACACAGAACUUCAGUAAGAAGAGCCACGAGACACCACAGCCGCAGCCCAACAGCAAGUACAAGACCAGUAUGUGUCGAGACCUCCGGCAGCAGGGUGGCUGUCCCCGAGGAUCCAACUGCACCUUCGCACACACACAGGACGAGCUAGAGAAAUACAGAAUGAGAAACAAGAAGAUCAGUGGCGUGGGCCGGCCCUUCCCCCUAGCCCAGGGGAGUAUGGGUAGUGAGGGGGGCGACUCAGGAGAGGAGGCCUGCGCUGGGGGACUGAAGGGCUCAGACAAGGUGGGAUCGGGGUCCUUAAUAGAGGGGUCCACACACCCCCAUCUCAUCCCCAGGGGAGGCAACAUGAUGGAGGAGAUGAAGAGGGAGAGGUCUGUUGUUAACGGAUCCAACGGACUCACAGGCUCCAGCCGCUCCUCAUCUGGCUCCUUGGAACAAAAGACUGUUUCUCCUCCAAAGACGCCUGUCAACCACUCCUCAGCUCCUUCUCCCCAUGGUCCGGGGUCUAGGGUAGAGUGUGGCUCUGGUCAUCCCAAACAAGGGCACUUCCUAAUGAGAGGACCCCCUCACCAGCCUCCUCCCCACCAGCCUCAGUCCUCUGAACUGUACUACCAGGACCCCCGACCUCCCUACGACACACAACCCUACCAGCCAGCCAGUAACUACUACACCUCUACAAUGCACCACCACAAACCCUGCAUGGCCCGCUUCCUGCGUUCCAGCCACGUCCUCGAGUCCUCUCUGCCGCCUUCCAUGGCCCCUCCGUACUCCGAGCAGCACCCCUCCUUUCCCCCACCACGGGAGCGCGCGGGUCCUUCUCCCUACGGCCCCCCGCCGGCCCCCCAGUACGGGCCCCUGGCCCCGGCCCAUGGUGGCUACGCUCCCCUGUAUGACAGUCGGCGUAUGUGGAGACCCCAGCUGUACCACCGCGAGGACGCCAGGAGUAACUCCCUGCCUCCAGAGGUGCUGCACUCCUCUGUGUACCAGCCCCCCCUCCGAGAGAGAUACGCCUCCCUGGACAGUCCCUACUGCUCGGCGGGGGAGCACAGAGCAGCGCUGCACAGGGACUCUUAUGGGCAUGUUCCUCUUGGAUACGAGGAUCUGUUCAAGCGGAAACAGGAGCAAUGGACACACCAUCACCACGGCAACAUGAACAGGCCCUCCCCGUCCUCCCCCGUCUUCACCGUAGACUUUGGUGCAGAGCAUGACAGUGGAGGUGAUCAGUGUAUGAACUGUAAGUACCGUGGUGAGGAGCGUCUGGCCCACUACUCUCCCUGGUCCUGUGGAACCAUCAGUACCUGCAUCAGCCCCUUUGAACCAGAGCAUCACAACGCCUCAGCUCACUCCUGCUCCGAACACUCAGAAGUAGAGAAUGGUGAAAGGAAACGGUGGCUCCACACAUUUGAGCCGUACCGUCGUCUGAAAGACGAGGAUCCCAUCAUCCCAUUUGGAGAGGGACCCAUCAUCUCGAAAUGGGGGGCUAUCUCCCGCGCCUCCCGUACAGGGUACCACACCACUGACCCCGUCCAGGCCACAGCCUGCCAGGGAAGCAACAGCACCACCCCCGUCAACUUCAGAGAUUAUGGCCCACACAUCGGUCACGGGGACUACAGGUGGAGCUCCUGUGGGUCUGACUCGUCCAGCCACUCGAGUUUCCUAGAGAGUGACCAGCUGGGAGUGUGUGAGCUUUCUGCCCGUGACCGGUCCUUCGGCAGUGGAGAGAAGGCUGGUGCAGGAGGCCUGCUGCAGACUGACUACUGUAAGGACAUGACAGAGAGCGAACCGGACAGAGACAUUGAGCUGGAGCUGUCUGUACUAGACAUGGAGGACAUUGACCUGCAGGACAACAGUCAACAAUCGGAGGAGUCCCUUGAGCUAAGGGACCCCCACCUCCUCACCCCUCCCAGCAGUGAACCCCAGAGGAGCCAGACAGACAAGCUGUCCGCUGACAAGAUGGAGGCUCACCUGAUGAAGAAGAUGGCCUUCAGGAAGUCUCUCUCCCCUGGAGGACUGGGCUCGGGAGGCCUCAGUGUGGGGAAGCUGAUGAUGAGAACCGGCCCUCCAAGGCUUGGGGACAUGGGCCCUCGCCCCAACACAGGCCCCGAGAUGCUGCUCAACGGCAGUUGAGAGGGCAGAGACACCCCACCGCUACAAAGCUCCUAGAGCUGCUGUCACAGUAACAUCUUAGGGUCGUAUAGGCCUGUAUCACCAGACACUGAUCAGGUCUCC